AAUUUUUAGUUUUUUUAUGCAACAGUAUUGCAACGGGGUCCCAGAGUUUUCUCCCGGAAUUAACUUUUUCCACAGGAUGACGAAGAAUCAUGCUCCAACAAAUCUCGCUUAUCUUUAUAAUUUGAGAGGGGCUUUUGGAGUUUUUGCUUUUCAUGAAAAACGUUGGGAGAUCUAGUUUUUUCAGACAUUUUAAAUAAAAAUUUUCAACUUAGCGGCUUUUGUCUUUUUUUCUGUCGGCCAGUUCGCCGUUGUCUUGUUGUAUCGCAAGUGGUGCUAAACUCCGCUUUGCCUCUGUGUUAAUUCGUUGUCAGUUGGUUUUUUUGGUUAGUUAAAGUGAUGCGAGCAUUAUGGGCGGUGUUUUAAAAUUUUCUGUGUAUUUUUUCUUGAUCUAAAUUUUGUAAAAUGUCGCGCUCUAGCUACAGUAUCAUCAUUAAAAAGUUUUUGUUUUACUGAAGGUAUUUUUUGCAUCAAACAAUGCUACAUGCGCUUUUUGCUCCGCUAGCUCUGAAAUUAAAAGGGGACGCAUUUGCUUUGCUUCAGAAGUAUUUAUAAUAUAUCCCAACAUAAAAUAACCAAAUGUGAACACCGAAAAGGUUAAAACAUUUGUGCCGUUAGACUAACCUACCAAACAUAGAUAGAGUAUGUAGUGGUGCAAGUAAAACCUUCGGAGUAACACGUUAUAUUGUGUCUCUGUUCAGGCAGUAGUAGCUGUGUUUAAUAUCCAAAUAAGACGGAAAAUACCCAAUGUGGUUAGACCAUUUUAAUGCAUUGCUUUGUACGAUUACUGUUUGUAGGCUUAAAAGCCCCAAUGGCCCAAUUUGCUUAUCUGUGAGGCUUCAAUAUUGAGUACAUAAAUGUGAAGUUUUCUCAAAAUUAGAUGAUUUUUGUUCACACUCAAUUGGUUUAUAAUAUUAAGCUUUAAUCGGAUUAGCGAACUUGGCGAUAUUUAAAAAUAGCCAUAUUUUAUAUAUUUUUAUAAUCAUUUACUCAGUUUUUUGGAUCCGUUUGAUUCAAAUACUUAAUCAUCUUUACCGAUAAUCGUUUUCUUCAUAUCAGUUCUAAUUAUUUUAAAACUUAAAUUAAGAAUCAUUUAGUCGUCUUUAACCAUGGUCGAAAUUAGCUGGGGUCUGUCUCAGAAAAACCAGCGCACCCUUAUAAUAGACGGGCAUUCUUUUACCAAGAAAACUACAACACUCACCACCCAGCACUGGAAAUGUGCCAAGUGGAAGUCGUUAAGGUGUCGAAAAACGGCAGUGACUUCGGGGUUCGAACUGGUCGCGACUAGAAAUGAACACAGCCAUGAGAUUAUUGAUAUUCGUCCUAAGAACCCGAAUAAACGCAAGCGUAAACGAAAUAUAACAGGUAUGUCAGGGGGGAGCAAAAAAGCGAGGGAGGAGCAGGAUGAAAUAGUGGUUAUGGACGAGUACCCUAAACCAGUGCUUCUGAAGAACAGCAAGUAUCUGGCCAGAUAUCCAGUGCCAAAGGAGAAAAAGUCGUGGCAGUUGGAGUACCCAGGUUAUGCGCCCAUACUGUAUAGUGCGCAGGAGUUGUUCACGAAGCCGCGUGACACAAUGCAGCAGAAGUUCAAUUUGAUGGAGAAGGUGAAGGCGGACGGGGGGUAUGAGAAGAACAUGCUGUACUAUCCCCCCAUAUGGGCUGACCCAGAACUACUAGGAAUGACAAUGAAUGACAGGGAUAUGUACUUCAAGUUCAAUGACAGGGCAAAAGUUCCUUAUCAUCCAAUGCACGGUCCUGACAAGACCACAGAAGUGAACAGAAUCUCGUAUCUAGGCACUUAUCAGCUUGAUCCGAUCACAGGGGCUCCUCUGAACCCAAGUGGGCGCACUGGCAUGGUGGGCAGGGGACUGUUGGGCAAAUAUGGACCCAACCAUGCGGCCGAUCCAGUUGUCACCUGUUUCUCCACAAAAAGUGGUCCUAAGACUCUGAAGCUGGCUCUCAUCUCCAGACAAGACACGAAAGAGUUUGCUCUCCCGGGAGGUAUGGUGGACCCUGGGGAGAAUGAGUUGUCGGGCACUGCUAUCAGGGAGUUCUGUGAGGAGGCGAUCGAGGGAGAUGAAACUGGUGCCCUGUCACCCCAGGAGAAGAAAAAGCGGAGGGCGGAGAUUGUGAAGAGAUUCGUACAGCACAAACAGAUGGAGGAACCUAUCAUCUCGAAGGUGGUGGAUGACCCUCGAAAUACGGACAAUGCGUGGAUGGAAACGCAAGCCUUCUGGUUUCAUUUCGCCACCGAAGACGACCUCGGCCGCAAAUUGCAGGCAGGAGACGACGCUGUGGGCGCUCAGUGGGUGGACUUAGAUGCCGAUUUUGACAUAAACUGUUUAUAUGCAGACCACUCAGAGAUUGUUAUUCAACUGUUCAGAGAAAUCGGAAAAGGAAAAGCUGACUCGAAGGAGUUUUCUGACUUGGUUAUACCGAAUAGCGUACAAGCCAAACUGUAAAAACAUAGUAUAUUCAUUGUAAUAUCAUUCACUCAUUUUCAUUUUCUGUGCGCACUCUCUGUGCACAUGCUAAUGCCUCUUUCAUCUUCAUUUUCUGUGUACAUUUAAAAUAGAAUCGAAUCAAAUUUAAUCUAUUAUUUUUGUUAAAAGUUAUAAUUGAAGUGCUUCGAAAAUCAAGCCCAAAAUGAUAUUUUGAUAAGUAAUCCGGCCCCUCGAGAAAAAGAAAGUGACAUUCAGAAAUAGUAGAUUAUUGCCGUU